CCUGUUACGUUUUGUUUCGGUAUUGUUGUUGCUGUACCGGUUCAGCUAGAGUCUAUCGCUGUGUACACCUAAUUCACUUGCAUACACCCCAUUAUAUCUUUGUAGUAUGGUUUUGCUACUAUAACAACUAAUUCACCAUCGCGGUAGUUGAGCUUCAUGUCAUAUCAUCCAUUAGGUCGUCGCGCUCCUCCGAUCUCCCCGAACAUGUCUUAGUCUAAUCAAACUUAAUUUCCAUUGUCUUUUGCUAUAAAGUCACAGCUCGUUCUUGAGGAGUACUAAAUCAUAAUUCCAUCCUUUCACAGCAUCCUUUCGCAGCAAUCCAUCAACCCAUUUCCAAAGCACAUCAUCAAUCUUCGACACAGCUACAACAAUGCCAGACUUGCACGUUAAUGGCGCAAAAUUAUACUAUGAGACCUUUGGCAGUGGGCCUCUUCUGCUCCUGAUUCCAGGUGCGGAUGGUCGGGGAGCAGUAUUCCACGACACUGCUAAAUAUCUUUCGAUACACUUCACAGUUGCCUGUUGGGACCGGCGGGGAUUUUCCCAAAGUCUCCUUAUCGGUGCACAAGACUUCGCUGAUCGUCUGUCAGUUGAUGCCGAUGAUGCAUGCGCCCUAAUCCAGCACUUGUCCGACCAGCCUGCCUUUGUCUUUGGCACGUCAUCAGGAGCCAUUGUGGCCAUGCAAUUGCUCAUUCGCCACCCAGAGUGUGUGCGCGCUCUUGUUGCACACGAGCCACCAGCCUUUGCAUUGCUACCUGAGGAAUAUCGAGCAAAAGCUGCUGGGCUUGUUGAGCACAUUUACAGCCUGUAUCGCGCCAAAGGUGUUCAAGCUGCCAUGGAAGUUUUCUCGGGUGGACUUUCAGCGGGCGAGGAUGGCGUAAGGAUGCGCUAUUGCAUGGAUACCACGCGUGGGGACGAAAUCCGGGCCAACUCGAUGUACUGGUUUGAGUUUGAGCUGAGGCAAUACACAAGCGCGGCAUUGGAUGUGGAGGUUAUUGUCGCAGAGAAGGAGAAGUAUAUCCCGGCUGCAGGAGCUACUUCCGGAGACGGACCGGGAGUUGGACCUAUUGCACUGCUGGCUGGCAAGGUUGGAAAGGAGGUUGUAAGACUUCCUGGGGGUCACAUUUCGUAUAUGGUGGAGCCAGAGAUCUUCGCUGAUGCAUUAUGGGUUUUGUUUGAGAAGGUGAUCAAGAGCUAGAGAACUAAAAGCAUCUUUUCUCUAAUAACUUCUACCGUCUUAUGAUCACUCUCAUACCCAG